AUGUCCCCGCCCAGCACAACUCCGGCGAAAGAUGUCUCAGACCAAAGCCAGGCAAACGGCGUCCCUCCGACAACAGAUCACCAAAAGCCCCCUCCAUCACCCUCUCCCUCCUCAUCUCAACCACAAACACACAUCAAUCCGUCGCCCGCGCCUACUCCCAUGCCGGCACCUGCCCCGCAAGCUCAGGCAUCGGCUCCCCAGCCUCCUCCCGGGCCUCCCCCACCCUACGACUACGAGUAUGUUACACAAAACGCCAUCGACGAGUGGGCCACGACUGGAAAGAAGCAUCUCGUCGAGAGGGGUAUUCAAGUGAAAGAUGCGCAAGAUGCCGCCGCACUCGCUUCGAUAUACCAGGAACUCAUACGGUCCGCCCUAUACGGUCGUCUAUCACCGGAGGAAGCUGGAGCUGCAGUUAGGGACAUCAUUGGCGAAGAGGUUGCUGCAGAGGAUGUUGAUAUGCAGAAUGAAGGACAAGCGCAAGCCCUCCUCGACACUCGCUCCUUGUUCCUGGACACCCUAUCAAUUCUCACCGAUUCCGACACUUCUAAUAGUGCCCUGAGACCGCUCGUGUUCUCUACGGGGAUUAACUCCGCUCUUAUGCGCCUCCAACUCGACACCCAACUCCUUCAGUCCCUGGGACUUGUCCGCGAAACAUUCACCCGCAUGGGCAUCCGCAAGCAGACGAACCUUCUUUAUCGGCAAUCGAAUUACAACCUUCUGCGGGAAGAGUCUGAAGGGUACUCCAAACUGCUUACGGAGCUGUUCACGACGAGUAAUAAUGAGCCCCCCUCCAGCGAAGUUGUCGAGGACACUUUUGAGAGGGUGAAGGCGAUGAUUGGCGCGUUUGAUAUGGAUGUGGGCCGUGUUCUUGAUGUUACUCUCGACGUAUUUGCUGCUGUUCUUGUUAAGCAGUACCGCUUCUUUGUGAAGCUCCUGCGGGCUAGCUCCUGGUGGCCGAAAGAGGAUGCCUUCCGCACAGUUGAUGCAGAGGAAAAGGAGAUGCGUAAAUGGAUUGAGGAAACCGGCACACUGCCUCCCAAGGGAAGUCGAGUAGCAGCACAGUUGCUUGGUUUCAAGCUUCGUUUCUAUUCCUCCCGCGCUCGCGCUAAAUCCGAUGUCCUUCCGGACAACCUCAUCUACCUUGCGGCUCUACUGAUUAAAGUCGGUUUCAUUUCACUACGUGAUCUGUAUCCGCACCUCUGGAGGCCAGAUGAUUCAAUGGAUGCGCUCAAGGAGGAGAAGCUCAAGGAGAAGGCCGAUCGUGAGCGGGCAGCACGGCCUGGAGGUGGCAUCAAUGCCUUGAUGAUGGCUGGUGCUUUAUCCGACGACACCCUACCUAUUCCACGCAUCCGCGAAUCCGAAACCCGAUCUGCGACUCCUGGAAAAGACCAGGAAACGGACAAAUCCACAGGCGCGAAGACGGAGGAGGACGAGCUUCCUGAGCCUUCUGACCAGAAAGUGAUGCUUCUAAAGAGCCUUCUUGCAAUUGGUGCCCUCCCCGAGUCUCUUUUCAUCCUGAGCAAAUUCCCCUGGCUUAUGGAUGUCUACCCCGAACUCCCUGAAUUCAUCCACCGCAUUCUGCACCACUGUCUUGGCAAGGUCUAUUCUUCAUUACGCCCAUUACCCUCGGUAGAAGUGCUUAAAGAGCAGAAGCAGAUACUCAACCAUGAUCAGUCCGGUGUGCCGAAGGGGCAAAUUCGACUGGCACAGGCGCCACCGCGCCGAGUUCUCCGGUGGGCUCAACUCGAUAAAGAAGAUACAAACGAUGGAACCGACUACAGGUUCUACUGGGAUGAUUGGGCGGAUAACGUUCCCAUAUGCCAGACUGUUGACGACGUCUUCGCACUGUGUUCAUCCUUCCUUAAUCUAUCGGGUCACAAAAUCGGCCAGGACCCA